UUAACACAUUGUCUCAAUCGUCCAUUGACUGUGAUUUAACAGGCUAUCGUUUGUAGACAUAAUCAAAUCGUUAAAUAGCAUACAUACUGGAUUUACAUAAAGCAGGACCCGUAUUAAUGUGAUUUACAUAUUUCGAGUUAUAUUUUUGUCAAGUGCAUCAUAGUUGCAGGAUUUUUAAGAACAUGUGCAUGCCACGUUGGGUGGAACUAACAAUAAUGCUCCUCAUCGUGUUGUGGUUCAUUGCUCAACAGGUGUUUGGUGACAUACUUCGCAAACCAAUUGAAUUCCGCAUCGGACAGACAGAUGAGAAACGUAGACUUAUUGAGGUCGAUGAAACAAAUUUCAAAAAGCUACGAGAAAAACAUAAGAUAUUUUUAGUUAUGUUUGUAGUAAAAAAGGAAGGUGGUGAAGAACUUCGUCGUAUACUAGAUGCGAAUGAGAGAAUGCUUGAGAUAUGUGCGUACUAUUCACUUGGGAUAGAUGUUGUGUUUGGAACAGUCGAUUUAACCAUAGACAGAAACAAAGAAUUAGCAAGGAAUGAAGGUGUGCAGCGUGAGUGGACUUUGUUGGUAUAUAAAAAUGGAGCCAAAACUGAGUACCUGGGCCACCGAAUGACGAAUUACGUCCUAGCAUAUAUAUACACGAUAAACGCAGGUCCGAUACACGAGCUGGAAUGGAAAGAUCGCGAGAAGAAGCUUCAACCAUAUGAUGGCUUCAUGAGGGUCAUCGCCUAUUACCCAGAUGGUGCAGUUGGGAAAAAAUAUAAGAUAUUUGAGAAGAUCGCUGACUCAAUUUUCCCUCAUGUUAUAUUCUACAUUGUCACAGAUUCAAAGACUGCUGGGAAACUUAAAAUUAAAAAUGAAGGAGGCAUUAUUUUGUACAGGCCGUUUGAGACAAAGCCGAUCAUUUGCCCCGAUAUCAAAUUAAAGUCCGACAACAACGAAUUUGUCGACUUUCUGACACACGAGUUGCGUAUUUCCCCACACAAAGUGACGCCGAUGGUUGAUAUGAACACAUUAUGGUACGAUAGCAGAACCAGGGAGCAAGUGUUCAUCUUGGCAUCAAUCCCAGAUACUGAAGAUGGGAAGCGAAUAUUUGCUCAGUACAAGAAAUUAGUGAAAGCAAACUCGGACCAUGAGUUAUUUAGAUUCGUCUGGAUUGACCCCCAGGAAUUGUAUAAGAUUCCUGAAUUGUGGAAAAAGCAGUUUGAUGGUAUUAGUCACCUAACUCCACAGAUAGGUCUCAUGAACUCCACUUACCAAGAGCACUACAACAAAUGGUUCAACAUUGAUAUUCUUACUGAAGAUACGGAAGAAGGAGUUACAGAGGAACAAAGAAAGACGGCCCUUCAAAAAUGGCUUGAUGGAAUGGAGAAUAUCAUUCUAAAGCAGCGAAAAAAACAAGCUGACAUUACGAAAGACGAGUUGUAGCUAUUAGUUUAAAGUAUCAGAAAAAGAGAUUGAGCGUAAUAAAAUGCCAAGCAUUACCGAACAAUAAAACAUUUUAGUUGUUUGUAAACUUUCGAUAUGCCAAACGUGAAUAAUUCGAAAGCAGAUUGAAAAGAAA